AUGACACCGUUUGAGGUACUUUAUGGCUAUGCACCACCUACUAUCAGACCGUACAAACUAGGAUCCACAAAUGUGGCUGAAGUGGACUUGCAUGACGUUUCGUGCACUGUUCAGAUGCCCAACCAAGAAGAAUUGGCGCCACAAAAUCCUUCUCUGGAUAACGGAAAUUUCCCAAGUCGACUGAGACGCCGAACCGGACCCGGCCCAAACCCGAACCCAAACCCUACUGUUCUAAUCCUGGACGAUGAUGACCUCGCUCCACACUGGUCCACCGCCUCCGCCGCCACGCCCUACGUUGAAUCGCCGAGCUCUGACAUCGAAGUUGUGGAAUGCACCGGAGCCCCGUCUGGAGACCUAGCCAGGCUUCAUCACUCCGAUCACAAGUUUUCUGGAAUUGAUGGAUUGAUAUGUUUGGAAUCUGAGGAUGAGUCCGAAAGUGGUUGUGGAGGGGAAAAGGAGAAGGAUAAUGAAUCGAUCACUAGUGGUUUUGGCUUGGUGGAGGACUUGGAUUUGAGUUAUAGAAUUGUUUCGUCACCAUGUUCUCUCGGACAUGCUGGUAUAGCACAUACUACGGAAGAGGAAACAAAAGAAGCAAAGAGAAGAAAAAAGAUGACAAAAGAUGAAAGGGGACAACUAAUGGAGGAAAAGAAGCUGAAGAAGCUACAAGAGAAGAUGCAAAGAGAAGCUCUGAAAGCUAAAGCAGCUGAUAUGAAAAAGAUAGAGAAAGAAAUGCAAAGGUGGGAAAAAGGGAAGGUUGCCUUAAAAUCGAUUGUGGCUGAGAUUGAUUGUAAAGUUGUGGAACUGGGUUCAGUAGGAGGAAAUUUGCUUACAAGGUUUGCUGAAAGAGGGAUACCAUAUCGUAUAAAAGCAAAUCCGAUCGAAAGAUCAAUUGUCUGGACCAUGAAAGUUCCAGAACAAUUUUCACAGCUUUAUCCUAAAGGAAUAGAGAUCCAGUAUAUAUUGCUUGUGUAUGAGGCUGAAGAAUUUUGUAACCUUGUCAUCAAGGAUUCUCUUCUGGAACAUAUUGCCAGGGUUCGAAGGAUUUAUCCGUCUUGUACAGUUUGUUAUCUCACCAAUAGGUCCAUGGCAAUGUAUAUUAAUAAUAGAAAAAAGUUAACUAGACUGGAUGUAUAUGCUACUGGAGCCAGUACAAGGAAGGACCAUGUUGACCGUGAUUUAUUAAAUAACAACUUAUGGUUAAGAGCUUUGGUAGCUAUUCCGAAGGUACAACCUCGGUCUGCAGAAGCUAUAUGCAAGAAGUUCCCUACCAUGAAAUCUCUUUUGAGUGUUUACAUGGACCCGAGACUAUCAGUUCAUGAUAAGGAAUUUCUGCUCAAGGAUUUGACAACAGAAGGCUUAGUAGGUGGUGACAGAAAGGUAGGUGAGGUUUGUUCUAAGAGAGUUUAUAGAGUUCUUAUGUCACAACAUGGACGCGUCACAACCGACGAUAUUGAGGAUGGUGCUGCCUUCUUCAGGAGUUGA